GUCAGCCGCGGGCGGAGCGGGCGGCGCUGGGCCGGAGGGCGAGGGCGCGCGGGGCCAGGCGGGCGGCGGCGGUGGGGCAGCAGCAUGGGCUCGCGGAGGGCCCCCAGCCGGGCCUGGGGCGCGGGCGGACGGGCCUGGGCCCGGGGCGACCGCGAGGACGACGGCCCCGUGUGGACGCCCAGCCCCACCAGCCGCAGUUACCUGCUGGGCGUGCGGCCGGAGACCAGCUUAUCAAGCAGCCGGUUGUCUCUCCCCAGCUCUGGAAGGAGCACCUUCUGCUCCAUCAUUGCUCAGCUAACAGAGGAGACCCAGCCAGUAUUCGAGACCACUCUCAAGUCCCAAGCUGUGUCCAAGGACAGCGACGUCAGGUUCACCUGCGUCAUCACAGGAUACCCAGAGCCAGAGGUGACCUGGUACAAGGAUGACACAGAGCUGGACCGCUUCUGUGGCUUGCCAAAAUAUGAGAUCACGCAUCAGGGCAAACGCCACACACUGCAGCUCUACAGGUGUCAAGAAGAAGAUGCUGCCAUCUACCAGGCCUCUGCCCGGAACACCAAGGGCAUCGUGUCCUGCUCGGGGGUUCUGGAGGUGGGCACCAUGACCGAGUACAAGAUCCACCAGCGCUGGUUCGCCAAGCUGAAGUGCAAGGCCGAGGCAAAGAUGCGUGAGAUUGAGCAGAGCUGGAAGCGCGGGAAGGAGGUGGCGGGAGAGGCCGAUACUCUGCGCAAGCUCAGCCCCGACCGCUUCCAGCGAAAGCGGCGGCUGAGUGGGGCUGAGAUGCCAGUCCCCUCCGCCCCCACCAGGGAGGCUGAGGACAGGACCUCAGCAGCUUGGCAGGAACGGGAGGCUGAGCCUGGUCAGCAACCAGGUUUAUGCCUGAUCAACAGUUUUGCCCCUGGAGAGGUGACCACCAAUGGAGAUGCUGUCCCGGAGAAUGGGGAGGACGGGGAUCAUGGCCUAUUGACAUACAUCUGUGAGGCCAUGGAGCUGGGGCCUCAGAGAGCCCCCCAAAAGGAGUCAGGGGCCAAGAAGAAAAAGAAAGUUGAGGAAACUAAGCCAGGCCUACGGAAGCCAGAGUUAGAGAAGGCAGCUCGAGGUCACCGCUCUGAAAACUGCGUCCCUAGUUCAGACAAGCCUGACUCCUGUGGGACACGGGGGCCCAUGGACGCAGAGCAAAUUCAGACCUGGUCCAGAGGCAGGGCUGCACGGGGGCCUGGGUCCUCAGGAGUAGAAAGCACCAGGAAGCCAGCCUCUGCCAUGGGCUCUCCAGCCCAGGCCCAGAAUGUCCCAGCCCCUGUCCCAGGCCCAGACCAGGAAGUAUAUUUCUCCCUGAAGGACAUGUAUCUGGAGAGCACCCAGGCAGCCAGGCCUCAGGGGGAAGAAGGGUACCACACACAAAGUGGCAGGGAAUCUAGAGAGAUACCCUCAGGGAAGGUGCCCAGCGAGGCAAAAAGUGAGAAGGGGCCUCCAGCCCCUGACCAGCCGAUACCCUCAGCCCCUCAGCCAACUAGGCCUUUCAACAGGAAGAGAUUUGCCCCUCCGAAGCCCAAAGGGGAGCCCACCACCAACAGCAAGCCUGAUUCGUCCCUGAAUCAAGCUCCAGAACCCGGAGCCCAGAGCUUAGGAAACGCUCCACCUCAGGCUUCUGCCCAGGUGCCUACACCUCCUGCCCGGCGGAGUCACAGCACAAGGGACAGCCCCUUGCAGGGACAAGCAGGCCGUAGGACUCCAGGAGAGGUCCCGGAGUCGCAGGCGACCAUGGUUCCUACUGUAUCGGCCAGCAGCAGCACUGGUAUAGCCUCUGCUGGUGGCAGCACCCCCAGAAGUCAGAGCAUCAUUGAGCCCAUGGAUACAGAAACCCAGGAGAGUAGAACAUACGCUGACUGGAGACAUGGAGGCAUGAAGAAUACAGAGGCUGAUGGGAAGAUGCAGGUGGACGGGAGGACACAGGCAGACAGGAAGACACAGAUGGACAUUGUGACACAAGAAAGUGAGAGGACAGAGUCAGACAGGAGUUCCCAGAAGGAUGUGGUAGCACAGGGAAGGACAGGGACACAGGCGGAAAGGACACAGGAAGACAGAAAGACACAGGCAAGUGCGAAGACACAGGAAGACAGGAUACAGGAAGAUAGGAGGACACAGUCAGAGGGGAGUGUACCCAUAACUGUUAAAGUUCAGUCAGAGAAGAAGUCAGUGACCAACCUCAGCCCACAGUCCAGAGUCCCUGAACCCUCACCUUCAGAAGGUUCCAGUUCCCAGAUUAUUGCAUGUUUUGAGCAGAGUCCAGAAAGGUCCUCUGUCCCAGAAAAACCUGGCUUCAUGCUCAGAUCUGGAGAGGCAGCAGCAACGGCCUCUGGUAACCAAGAGGAAAUGGUGCUGGGUCCCCUAUCAGAGGGCCUCAGGCUCCCAGCACAGCUGCUUCCUGAGGAUAGCUUGGAGCAGACGGGAGGAGGGAGAUGUUGGGGGCCGGAGUGGUCAGGUCCGGUCAAGGACAAGCCAGAGGAGAGCCUGUUCCAGUGCCCCAAGGAGGAGCAGCCGGGGGAGGUGCUUUCUGUGGAUCUGGGAGGCUGUCCUCCCGCCGGCCUGAGCCUAGAUGUGCCUACUCUGCCUUCUCCUGCUGGUACUGGCCUGACCGACAGCUCACAGCAGGGGCUGCCCAGCACCCCCACUUCUCAGCACAUAAGUGCAGCUGCCUUCUUGCCCUCUGGGGACCAGGCCUUGCUGAGUUCUGCACCCUCAGUGCACCUGGGGCCUGGGACCCCCACCCAGAAUCACCCACCGGAAACCAUAGCAGCCAGCAAUGAGGGAGCCUGCGCCAAGAUGUCAGAUGUGGAAGGGAGGCCCUCAGGUACCCAGAGCUGUGACCCUGGUCUCAUAGAUUCCCUGAAGAACUACUUGCUUCUCCUGCUAAAGCUAUCCAGCACAGAGACGAGUAGAGGGGGCACAAAGUCCCAGGAAGGAGCUGCCCCCAGGGGUCUGGCACCCUCACCCACACCGGCCCCCACUCUGGAAGUGGCUGGUCUGAGUCCGCAGACAUCACGGCGCAUCCUGGAGCGUGUGGAAAACGACCAUCUGGUGCAGAGUGCACAGACACUACUGCUCAGCCCCUGUACCUCCCGCCGCAUCACUGGCCUCCUGGACCGUGAGGUGCAGGCUGGCCAGCAGGCCCUGGCUGCUGCCCGGAGCCCUGGCUCCAGCCCCCUCACCGUGCCUGCCAUCGUGGUAGGCGAGGAGGAGGACCCUGGGCUGACCUCAGAAGAAUCCAGUAAGGGUGAUGGAGAGGUUCCCCUUGAGGGGUCUGGCCUCCUGGGAACCUCUCAGGAGAGCAGUGCGGGGGGUCUGCUGGGGGAGGCAGGUGGGCAGGCAGCCUCUGGUCAGAGACCCCUCUCAGCAGAGAGCAGAGCCCAGGGACCCUCCCGAGAGGAGGAGUUCCCACAGGAGGCGCCAGCAGGACUCCCUGCAGCCACCCCUGAGGAACUGGCUCUGGGGGCCCGGAGGAAGAGGUUUCUCCCGAAGGCCAGAGCAGCAGGGGAUGGGGAGGCAGCCAAGCCUGAAGAGAGGGAGAGCCCCACGGUUUCCCCCCGGGGGCCCAGAAAGGGCCGUUCGCCUGGGUCCCCAGGGACUCUAGGGCGGGAGGAGCGCUCUCCUAGCCAGGGCCGAAAGGCAGGCCUGCUGGAGGUGCCGCAGGCAGAGGAGCAGGCAGCAGGAGGCCUGGGCUCCAGCCCCAAGCCCAGUGGGCUGGAUGCAGAGCCGACCCUGGAUGAAGGCAAGCGGGAAAGCCCGGGCAAGCCGAGGAAAGCCAAGGACCUGCUCAAAGCCCCACAGGUAAUUCGAAAGAUUCGAGUGGAGCAGUUUCCUGAUGCCUCGGGCAGCCUGAAGCUCUGGUGCCAGUUUUUCAACAUUCUUAGUGACUCAGUCUUGACAUGGGCCAAGGAUCUGCACCCAGUGGGCGAAGUAGGCAGGAGUGCAGGGGACGAGGGGCCGGCGGCCUUGGCCAUCGUGCAGGCGUCCCCUGGGGACUGUGGCAUGUACCGAUGCACCGUCCACAAUGAGCACGGCUCGGCCUCUACUGACUUCUGCCUCAGCCCCGAGGUGUUGUCAGGAUUCAUCUCCAGAGAAGAAGGUGAAGUUGGAGAAGAGAUUGAAAUGACUCCCAUGGUGUUUGCUAAGGGUCUGGCUGACUCUGGCUGCUGGGGGGACAAGCUCUUUGGGCGCCUGGUGAGCGAGGAUCUACGAGGGGGUGGACAUAGGUACAGCCUUCGGAAGGCCUCCCAGGCCAAGGUCAUCUACGGGCUGGAGCCUAUCUUUGAGUCGGGCCGCACGUGUGUCAUCAAGGUGUCCAGCCCGCUGGUGUUUGGGCCCAGCAGUGAGACUUCCCUCCUGGGCAGAAACUACGAUGUCACCAUUCAGGGGUGCAAGAUCCAGAACAUGAGCCGGGAGUACUGCAAAAUCUUUGCAGCUGAAGCCCGGGCUGCACCUGGCUUUGGGGAGGUGCCCGAGAUCAUUCCACUGUAUCUGAUCUACCGGCCUGCAAACAAUAUCCCAUAUGCUACGCUGGAGGAGGACCUGGGCAAGCCCCUGGAGCCUUACUGUUCCCGGGAAUGGGGCUGUGCUGCUGCACCAGCAUCAGGCAGCUCGGAGGCCGUGCAGAAAUGCCAGGCCUUCCAGCACUGGCUCUAUCUGUGGACGAAUGGCAGCUUCCUGGUCACAGAUCUGGCAGGGGUUGACUGGAAGAUGACUGAUGUGCAGAUUGCCACCAAGCUGCGAGGAUACCAAGGCCUCAAGGAGAGCUGUUUCCCUGCCCUGCUGGACCAGUUUGCUUCCUCCCACCAGUGUAACACCUUCUGUGAGAUGCUGGGGCUGAAACCUCUCAAAGGCCCCGAGGCUGCCCACUCCCAAGCCAAGGCCAAAGGCUCCAAGAGUCCAUCUGCCGGCAGGAAGGGCCCGCAUCUGAGUCCUCAGCCUCAGAAGAAAGGCCUCCCCAGUCCCCAGGGCUCCCGGAAGAGCACGCCAAGCUCCAAAGCCACUCCUCAGGCCUCAGGGGCAGUCGCCACUCAGUUAUUGGGACAGCCUCCCAGCCAAGAGGGCGGCUCCAAGGCCCAGGGCACGCGGUAGCCCCUACAGGAGGCUGGGGGCCUCCACCCAGCAGCAGACCAACAAGGAAGCAGCUUGAACCGAUGGAGACUUUCCCAAUACAGACAAACUGGAGAAGGUGCACCGAGCAGGCACCACGUGGGGGCCUCUCUGCGCAGCCUCUCCUCAGUCAGCUCCGCAUCAGAUGGCUUUGGUGCACAGCACACAGCCCAGUGGCCUCUCCUGGUGCCAUGUCACCAGGGCUCCCAGGCCUCACCUCCAAGUUUCCCAAGGGCUGAGGCCCUCCUUGAAGUUUACACUGGCCACUGCUGGAGGCUCCCUGAGUCCUCUGCAUGAGUUCUGCACCCUGACCCCUUGCCCCAGCCAGACCCUGCCAUGCAGGCCAGCACUUAACCCUCCGCCCUUUGCUCAACCCUGAUCUCUCCCUGACCUCAGGGCUCUAGGCUUCCUCUGCUGUGUGACUCUCAGGGUGUCUUCUCUUUCAGACUACUGCGCCUCAUUCAUCCCAGCUUACCCUGCAACUAACCUGUCCCUGUGCCCAUUUGGGCCUCUUCAGUCCUGUGCGGUGGUCUUUGGUGGCAUGUGUUCUUGCUUUCUUCUCCCUUCACUCAGGCACUCACUUGCCUGCUUCCUGUGCUUUCUUGUACCCCAUCCACCAUCCCUGGCUUUGAGCGCAGUUGCAGCCUGCUGCCUGCCCUGCACUGACUCUGCUUGUCCCCUUGCCUGAUGGCUUUUCUAGCCUGACCUACCCCCCUACCCACCAGGAUCCAGGUAAUGAGCAGACCCUCUGGCCUCUGGUCUACCCCAUCCACUCCUCCCCUACUUUUCCCAGGCCCUCUGCCUAUGAGGUGAGAACUGGUACAGGGGCUGUGUCAGCAGCUGUGGCCAGAGGGAAAGUGUGGACUUUGUGGGCCUUGUGCUCCAUACUGAAGGAAAUGAAGUCUCACAUCCCCUCCUGGCUGGGGAUGGAGAGCUGGGACUCUUCUCCACGGGGAAAUGGCAUGGGGGUUUUAGGAAGGAUAUAAACCACCUACCUGCUGUGAGGACUGUCUCUGUGCCUGGGACUUAGGACCCCUACCCCCAACCAUUAGCUCUUGAUUCUGAAGCUCCAGCUCCGGGACCUCAUAUUCGGGCUCCCAAGGAAUUGCUGUGCUCAGCCCAGCACCCCGUGUCCUUCCUGAGAGCCCAACCUGGAAGCCCCAAACGGGGUGGGUCUGGAGCUAGCCUGCUCCCCUUGGAAUGCAAUAAAGGCAGCAACUGUGUUUCCUGCUCUCCCUCA